CACUCGCGCAAGUAGGAGGAAGUGUACAGGUAGUGUACAAGAUGGAGAAGUUGCUUGGAGAACAAGUUGCUCAUGUGCUGGGAGUGGAGGGCGUUUUGGUGGAGCCGACGCAGGUGGCGCUGAAUGGUGAUGGCUUUGAAGCUGCUGGCUUGUUGGAUGCUACGACAUUUGUGUGGAAGGUGGGUACCACACCACUUGCUCAUCCGUUCUACAUUGUCAUCACUUGGAUCAUAUAUCUCUCGCUUGUCUUUGGUCUCAAGGCUGUUGUUGGCUCGCGAUGGCCCACAAAGUACAUCUCGGCAAUCCACAACCUCGGUCUCUGCUUGGCAUCGGCUGCCAUGCUCGCCUCUAUCAUCGUGUGGAUGGCUGUGCAGGUGAGCGCUGGCCACUGGCAGCGGAUCUUCUGCUGGCGGAGCAUGCCUGGGGCUCCUGGUGGGCAUGACGACCCAGCGGCGACCGAGAUGAUCACCGACUCGGUUCUCGUCUACACCGUCACCAUGUACUACUACUCCAAGUGGUGGGAGCUCCUCGAUACGGUCCUCCUCGCUGUCACUCUCAAGCCGCUCAUCUUCCUCCACGUCUACCAUCACUGCGUGGUCAUCGCCAUGGUCUGGAUGUGGCUGCAGGGCGGGUCUGUCCUCGCCUUUGGCCUUGGUGCAGGCUUCAACACCCUCGUCCACGUCUUUAUGUACUACUACUACAUGCAGCGCUCGCUCGGCAAUAAGGUCUGGUUCAAGAAGCACAUCACCAAGCUGCAGAUCAUCCAGUUUGUCUCGUCUUUCCUCCUUGCCAUCCCCUACCUCGGCCUCACUUUCGGCUACAUCCCGCUCAACAAGCGCUCCUUCCCAAGCGCCUCGCCCGGCGACAUGCCGCUCCUCGGCUCACCAGUCGGCCACCAGUGCUCCGGCUGGUACUCGUUUGUCUUCUCCUCCUUCAUCAACGCCUCGUUCCUCUACCUCUUUGUCGCCUUCUUCCGCUCAACCUACAACCGUCGCAAGAAGGACAAGCAGGCGUAACUUUAUCUGAUCGCCAAGUACUCGUAUCUCCGUCCGCAUGCGGUACCUGGCGAGUGAUGGCACCAGCGAGGAGCUUGGGCCACCCAUCGAGUCUGACGCCUCCCCUCGCUCGCGGUCGCAUCCAUGUCUUCGUCGACAUCGGUAAGCCAUAAAGUUGCUGACUACUACCCA